UAUGUCAACUCCUCAAAUAAAAUCAAAAUUGGUUCAAACAUUUGGAAGAAAGAAGAAUGCUGUAGCAAGUGCAAGUGUUAGAGAAGGAAAGGGUACUUAAUAAUAAUAAAAUAAGGUUUGGUUAGAGUGAAUGGAGCUCCAAUUGAAUUAGUCAAUCCAGCACCAUUGAGAUAAAAGGCUCUCGAACCAUUAUUACUUCUUGGUUAAGUUAGAACAGGUAGAUUAGAUAUCAGAGUCACAGUUAGAGGUGGAGGAAGCACUGCUUAAAUUUAUGCCAUUAGAUAGGUAGAAUUAGCAAUCUUAAAUAUUAUUUAGGCCAUCAGCAAGGGUAUCGUUGCUUACUAUCAAAAAUACAUUGAUGAAACUUAAAAGAGAGAAAUCAAAGAUCUAUUAUUAUAAUAUGAUAGAACACUUUUGGUUGCUGAUCCAAGAAGAUGUGAGCCAAGAAAAUUUGGUGGUAAGGGUGCUAGAGCCAGAAGAUAAAAGAGUUAUAGAUGAAAAUUUUAUAUCAUAGUACAUUAAAAAAUAUAAAAUAUUAAUGGAAUUUUAGUGUUGUUAAUGUUCGAUAGNGACAAUGGGAAACUAAAGAGGCUAAAUGGAAAGCUGAAGAUGUAAUAAAUGUUUUUAUUGUAAGGAUGCAAGAGUGAAAUUAAUGUAUGAAGUGUAUGCUUAAAGAGCAGAUAAUGUGGAAAUAAAGAAGAAAUUAAUAGAAGAUGAGAAAAAUGUUAAAUAAAUGGAUAAAUUGGAACUUCAACGUUAAAUGGAAUUAUAUCAAAAAGAAUUAGAGGAAAAACAAAGAUUAGAAUAAGAAGUAAAUUAUAUAUGAAAUCUGUUUAGAAAAUUAUGUAAACAAAACACAAUUUAAUAAAUUAAAUGGAUGAGAAAAAACAAAGAUAAUAAUUAUUAAGAGAUAAAAAAUAAUAGGAAGAAGAAGCACUUCGAAAAUAAAAAGAAGAAUACGAUAAAAAAAUAGAAUUAGAAAAGGCUAAAGGCCGUGCUUUGCUCGAUGAACUUAGAAAAUAAAGACCAUAUUGA